UGCCCUUCUGCCCUGCAGCGCUGCAAGGACCGCUUGAACUCCCUCGCCAUCUCCGUCAUGAACCAGUGGCCGGGGGUAAAGCUGCGGGUGACAGAGGGCUGGGAUGAGGACGGGCACCACUCAGAGGAGUCGCUGCAUUAUGAGGGCCGAGCCGUGGACAUCACGACCUCAGACCGGGACCGGAACAAGUACGGCAUGCUGGCUCGCCUGGCUGUGGAAGCUGGUUUCGACUGGGUCUACUACGAGUCCAAGGCACACAUCCACUGCUCCGUCAAGUCAGGACGGGCACAACUCCAGCCCGCGAUGGACGUGGGGCAACCGCGCCGCAGAGAGGGAGCGCCGCGUCCCCGAAGAAGAGGGACAAAGUCGUGGGCGAAGGACCAGGGCUCCCGUGCCCCGGGGCGCCCUGUGGGGAGGGCCAGAGGAGUGGGGCCAGGCCCCAAAGCAAGGAGCAAGACCCCGGUGCUUGGAGCUGGCCAGAGGAGUGGGGCUGCGCCCCCAGAGAAGGACCAAGGCUCUUGAAUCCUGGGCCGCUUUCCUGGACUGACUGAAGAGAGAUGCCACGUCCCAGAGAGCAGACCGGGUCCCCGAGGCCCUGGAGGUCUUCGUGAGGCUGGCCAGGGCUCGGUCGUCCGCAGCGGCUUCCCCAGGGCUCCGGCACCCCAUUUUU